ACUCAUCAUAUCUCACAAAUUCAAAACAAAACUCACCCUUUGAGUCACCAAACAACCCAACUGAUGAUAUUUGAAGUUUUCAAUUCAAUAUAUUAAUGGCUGUGGUUAAGAAGGAUGUGGACCGGAUCAAAGGUCCAUGGAGCCAAGAAGAAGACAAUUUGUUACAAACUCUGGUGCAAACGCACGGUGCUCGAAACUGGUCUCUUAUCAGCAGUUCAAUACCAGGGCGAUCCGGUAAGUCCUGCCGUUUACGGUGGUGUAACCAGUUGUCGCCGCAGGUGGAGCACCGUGCGUUUACGCCAGAGGAGGAUGAGACCAUCCUCCGGGCCCACGCCCAGUUUGGUAAUAAAUGGGCGACUAUCGCUCGGCUACUUAAUGGCCGGACAGAUAACGCUAUAAAAAAUCACUGGAAUUCCACGCUUAAGCGUAAGUGCUCGUCGAUGUCGAACGAUGACUUUUCGUUCCUAGACGAGCACGAGUUGGUGCAUUAUCAACCCGCGUUAAAGCGGUCUGUAAGUGUUGGACCGGGUACAGGCUGCACAGGGUUAAUGUUUAACCCUCGCAGCCCAACCCGGUCCGACCUGAGCGGUUCAGAUCAUCUUGAUCUAAACAAUCUACAGACUUCUUUGAGCUUGUCCUUACCCGGAUCAGAACCAAAACAUAAGUCACCCGAGGGGGUGACUCGGGUGAUUACACAACGGCCACCGACACCGCCUGGUGAUGCAAAUUCCGGGUUUUUCAACCCGGAAUUGCUGGCGGUGAUGCAUGAGAUGAUAAAAAAUGAAGUGAGGCAAUAUUAUAUGGAGAAGAAGGGGCAGUGUUUGCAGGCUGAAUCUGCAAUCAGCAACACGGUGAUUAAUCGUAUGGGUAUGAACAGAAUAUAGUUAUUAGGUAGGUAGCUGAUUAUGAUUAAUUCAAAGAAGUUCAUAAAUUAGGGGUGUUGCAAGAUCAAUCUCAUUUUGGUAGUGUACAGAGAGAUGAUGAAAUGAAUUUUAUGAUUAUAAAUUAUUGGUGAAUUUGGUUAUUUUAAUAAUAAAUUCAAGUUAUUUUGACGAA